GCUUUCAUCGAUGAAUUUUCUUCGUUAAAUUAUAUUUUUUUACAAAUGGGCGUCAAAUGUCAUUUUUCAUUUGUAUGUGCUGAUCGCAGUGUAAAAAUAAAAUAAAGCAAAAGAGAGAAAGAGUUGAUGUGAAAUUAAUUUUGUAUGUACACGACUUGAAUAACUGUGCAACCCCUUUUGGAUUUGGAUUCACAAAAAAAAAAAUUAAAUAAAUUGCGAUUUGGUUGGUGUUAUUCGUCGUCUGUGAAAAUUCUGGAAUCAGGAAAUAGAAAAUGAUGGUUGAAUCGGAUGGAACUGCCGAUGCAACACGUCGCCUCAACGUGAAGAAACAAACACUCGACGAUGCCUAUGCGGUGCCAGCUAAUUUUUUAGAAAUCGAUGUCGCUAAUCCGCUGACCACUAUGACGGCUGGCAAGAAGCGCUACACCGAUUAUGAGGUUCGGAUGAGGACAAACUUACCAGUUUUCAAAGUUAAAGAAUCGAGUGUUCGCCGAAGAUACAGUGACUUUGAAUGGCUCAGAAAUGAACUUGAAAGAGACAGUAAGAUUGUAGUCCCUCCAUUACCGGGCAAAGCUUGGAAGCGCCAAAUGCCUUUCCGAGGCGACGAUGGAAUUUUCGAUGAAAACUUCAUCGAAGAAAGACGAAAAGGCCUCGAGGCAUUUAUCAAUAAAAUUGCCGGACACCCAUUGGCCCAAAAUGAACGGUGCUUACACAUGUUCUUGCAGGAGAACACCAUCGACAAAAACUACGUGCCGGGAAAAAUUCGGAAUACAUAAAUACUUAUUAGCAAGCUUUAGCUUGUCCUUCUAAUCUUCUUCUCAACAAAAAGAAAAUAAACAAAAAAAAAACAUAAAUAUGUAGAAAGUAAAACAAAAAAAAAAGAUCACCCGUUUUCAAACUCUUUUUAUUAUUACUUUGUUUCUAACAAUUUUUUCGUUUUUUUUGAUCUCGAAAUAGCUCAAUCGGUUAAUUAAAGACACAACAAAAAUCUAUAAACAGCAAAUAUUUGCAAAACGGAGGGGAAUCAAUUUCUCCUUUUAUCAAAAUUACAACUUUUUUUUUAGAUAGACUUGAAACAAAGGAAGAAAUUUGUAUAAAGUAAUUAUAAACAAAAAAAAAAAUAUAUAUAAAUAAAAAAAUAAAUAAAAAUAAAAUGAAAAUAUAAAUUUAAAUAUUAAGUAUUAAUUUCUAAGAGGAGUAUAAAAAAAAUAACAAAAUUGAACAAGAAUUCUCAAUAUAAUAUAAAACAAAAAUACAAUAUAUUUUCUUUCCCUUCUCUAUUUCUCUCGCUCUCUCUCUCUCUUUCACACUAUCUCCGUGGAGUGAAUUUAGCAUGUGUUUUAUAUAAGAAAAAUGGUUUAAGUAAUAAAUUCCAAUCGUUUGUUGUAUGAACGCAUGUUCACACAUUAUUAUUAUUAUUAUAAUUGUAUUGUAAAAUUAAAAAAAAAUUGAAAUAAAUUCAUUAUGGUUUUUCCUUGAUUAUAGUAA